AUGGCCUCUCUCAUCAAGUUCGCCUCCGACGUCGCCAACGGCCGCCAUGCGCUGUCGAAGUUCAUCCCCAUGGGCCUCUGGCUCGCAGACGCCGUGCUGUGCGGUCUGAUUAUUUGGAAAGUGCCCUAUACGGAAAUCGACUGGGUUGCGUACAUGGAGCAGAUCACGCAGUUUGUUCACGGGGAGAGAGACUAUCCCAAGAUGGAGGGCGGCACGGGGCCGUUGGUGUAUCCCGCGGCCCAUGUGUACAUCUACACGGGGUUGUAUUAUCUGACCAAGAAGGGUACGGAUAUCCUGUUGGCGCAGCAGCUCUUUGCCGGUUUGUACAUGGCUACGCUGGGGGUGGUGAUGCUGUGCUAUUGGAAGGCCAAGGUCCCGCCGUACAUCUUUCCGCUCUUGAUUCUUUCAAAGCGGCUUCACAGUGUCUUUGUCCUCAGGUGCUUCAACGACUGUUUUGCCGCAUUCUUCUUGUGGCUGUCAAUCUACUUCUUCCAGCGGAGAGUCUGGACCGUUGGUGCUUUGGCAUAUACCAUCGGUCUUGGCGUCAAGAUGUCACUACUACUCGUUCUUCCCGCUGUUAUCAUUGUUCAGCUGCUACUCGCCGUUCCGUUCAUCACGACAAACUGGAGAGGCUAUCUUGGCCGAGCAUUCGAGCUAUCGAGGCAGUUCAAGUUUGAAUGGACAGUCAAUUGGCGCAUGCUCGGCGAGGAAUUGUUCCUCAGCCGGGGCUUCUCUAUCACGCUACUGGCAUUCCACGCCCUCUUCCUCCUCAUCUUCAUCCUGGGUCGAUGGCUGAAGAUUAAAGAACGAACCGUCUUGGGAAUGAUUCCCUACGUUGUCCGGUUCCAGUCGCCUUUCACAGAGCAGGAAGAGCUCAGCAUCUCCCACAGAGUCGUCACGCCCAGAUACAUCAUGUCCGCAAUGUUGUCGGCCAAUGUGGUUGGGCUCCUGUUUGCCAGGUCUCUGCAUUACCAAUUCUAUGCGUACCUGGCAUGGGCAACGCCCUUCCUCCUGUGGACAGCCACUCCGAAUCCACUUGUCGUGGUCCCGCUGUGGGCGGCGCAAGAAUGGGCUUGGAACGUGUUCCCCAGCACUCCUGUUAGCUCUAACGUCGUGGUGAGCGUCCUGGCUGUGACGGUUGCCAUGGCCUUUGUAGGGUCGAACCCGCAGCAUGGCGCGCCGAAGCCAAAACAACUAUAG